AUGCCCUCGGAUCUGUGUGGUACGGAUCGGAACAUCGAGCCUGAUGCUAUCCUCCGGUCCGCACCCGAACUCUACUCCGCUAGCGACCGGCCGGAGAACCGGAGUGACCAGAGAAAGUCCGAUCAAUCUUCUAUCAAUGAACGUAGCGAGACUCCACCAGCCAAACUUCCUGCUAUAUGUCGUGGAUCGAUGGCACCCACUUCAAGGGUGUGCUUGAUUAGAUUAUUCGGAUUUUCCUGUGUUGAACUUACAUCUUUCGAAGCGCAAUGGUGUAAUGGACGCGUGUUGAAGCGCUCUCAGUCGCGCUGUACAACACCGGACACCGGUCCCAUCAGCAGCAGCUUCGAUUCCAUCUCAACCACGGAUAAAAAGUUUAUGCCAGCUUGGAAUCCCCGGCGUUGUCCCGCCGGGCAUGAUCACCUGAUUCGUUCAGAUGGCUGUAUUGUCGUGAGUCAUUACGAUGAUGGGCACGGCGACCAAAGCCCUCUGGGUGCCGGUGGCACUGGGAAAUAUCUACAACAGCAACAAAACACCGGUGCCAUCCAUCACCUUGCAUUCCGCCAGGUUCCUGCUGCAGGUCUUUUAAAAUCGUUGAUCGCGUCCAAGCAUCCAUUGUCUGCAACUUCCCCGCACAGUGCUGAAUAUUGGGAUUUGUGA